AUGGCGGCCUGCAACUCGUUCUUCAUCCUCUCCUUCUGCCUCUCAUCUGCAAUCCUCUUCUCCACCAUUGCUGCUACAACCCCGCCGCUGCCUCCGCUGAACUUGAUCGACACGCUUCAGAAAGGCGGCCAAUACUCGACGCUCCUCCUCCUCCUCGCCACCACACAGGUGGCGAACGAGCUAGCCAACGAGCUCAACAACAGCUUCACAAAGGCCACCUUCUUCGCUCCCACCGACGGCGCCUUCAACAGUCUCCAGAAGGGCCUCCUCAACUCCCUGACGACGGAGCAGAUGGUCAAGCUUCUGAACUUCCACGUCAUCCCCCGCCUCUUCACGUGGAGCGACUUCACGAAUGGCGUUCCUCCUCAACAGACUCAGGCCUCAGGGCCCGACGGCCCCUACUUCCUUAACUUCACCUCCAUCUCCAACCAGCAGGUGAGGGUCAGCACGGGCUUGGUGGAGACGUCCUUCUCUAAUGCCCUCAACUUGACGCCCCCGCUAGCAAUUUAUCAAGUCGAUCAGGUGCUGUUUCCGCCGGAUGAGUUCGGCGUCGUUUCCCCUCCGGCACCGGCGCCGGCUCCAUCGCCGAAGAGUGGUGCUGCACCGUCUUCAUCUCCCUCACCAUCGUCGUCUGCAUCUCCAUCUGCUCCGCCACCAUCUUCAUCACCCCCACAACCGUCGCCUCCAUCACCAGCGGGUGCUGCACCAUCAAAUCCGGCAUCGGACUCUCCCGUUCCCGAUGCACCUGGUUCGACCGGCUCCGAAGUGGGUUCGGCGCCUGCUGCUCUGAAUGGCUUGUGGGGAUUGAUACUGAGCCUCAUGGCUGCAGUGGGAGUGGCUUAUAUUGCUCUGGUAGUGUGA